GAGGGGGGAGGAGACAUCCCACCUGCAGGCCAGCUUCAAUGGCUUUGACUUUGUCCCGACUUCUCCUGCGCGCCCUCUCGAACUAUGUCAAUUGUCUCUGCGGUAUGGUAUGUUGAUGUCCCCUGGUGUGUUGCUGACACCAUCGCAGUCUCGGCCAUUAGGUCAUUCCUCAUACUUCAUACCAACCAUACUUGUAUCGGCCGGCCCCAGGGUUUUGAGCUAGAGCCAGAGCUCUGAAUAGCUUCAGGAGGACCUUCAAGGCGGUCCGUACUUCCGCACUCGCACUCGCACUGAUGGACCUUCGCAAUUGGGCCCCGCGCUUGCAAUUGAUGGGAAUUCUGCCGCGCAACAAUCUAACCGGUGGGGAAGCGAUUUGGAGUCUCGUCAACCAUCAUGGAUGUGCCGACGGACAGGUUUUUCAUCAUGUAGACGGUAUUGGGUAUUUGCAGGAGAACUCUUAACCAGUAACCCUAACCCUAACCCUAACCAGUACUUCGUACUGGAGUACGAGUACAAGUAUUUCCUGCACUGGACUGCAGUGACCAGUCGAAUGAUAGACUUCGCGGUCAGGUACUGGUACGGACUCGAACGACUCGUAAGUUAAGGCUAAGGUUAAAGGUUAAUAUGCCAACAGCUACUCCAGUCCAGCUUCCCUACUUUUUUGUAACCGCCAAGGUAUCGAAAGUGCCACCUUCACCUUCACCAUCCCCAUCCCCAUCCCUUCCCACCUUCCACAUUCCCAGGGAAACUCAACCUCCCGCCUGUCCUCUGCGUUGUUUCCUGUACUCUACAAGUACACGCAAAACAUUCAAUCCAACCCAAUCCAACCCAUCUACCACUUCCCUUUCUUGGUCACUUUUUUUUGGCGUGCAUUCCCACGAAUAUGUUGCUUUGAUCUCCUUCUACAUCAUGGCACCACGACGCGCGAGAUAUGCUGUCGCGGCUGUCUGCAUCACACUUUUUCUCCUUGGUAGCUGGUAUCAAAGCCCGGCAUCUGUCACGUGGCCGUCCCCGACUUCUCACAUCGGAAAAGUCGAAUAUGGCGAGGUUUCUGCUGGGAAGUAUGUCACUUCACAGCAGGCAAUCCCAUUGCCAAAUGCGGCUGGAGAACCGCCAAAGCCAAUUCCAACGAUCGCUCGAAAGGAAGAUUGCAUAUCCUACGAGGCAUUACAGCAACAAAAACAGUCUCCUUUGUCAGAAGGAAAACGAAAAUUUCCCUAUUCUCGUCCAGAACCAGGUUGUCGAACUUUCAAUUUGCCAUCUCUUGAAGACCUUCUCCAGCGGAUGAAAGGCGUGAUCAAGGACCCAGACCUUUACCGACUUUUUGAGAACAGCUUUCCCAAUACUUUGGAUACGACGAUCAAAUGGCGUGGAUUCGCUGCAAUUGAAGACCCAGUCACCAAAAACAUGACAUCAACCGACGAAGAGUUAGCUUUCGUCAUCACUGGAGACAUCGAUGCAAUGUGGCUGAGAGAUAGCGCCUCUCAGAUAUACUCUUAUGUCUCCCUCCUGGAGGCUUCGACAGACCCAAACUCCUUGGCUAGUCUAUGGAGGGGAAUGAUAAACAGCCAUGCGAGAUAUAUCAUAAUAUCGCCUUAUUGUCACAGCUUUCAGCCUCCUAUAGAGUCGGGGGUAGCUCCCACCAAGAACGGAGCUUAUUCCCAGAACAACCCACAGCCGCCAUAUGAUCCAGAAUUGGUAUUUGACUGUAAAUGGGAGCUUGAUUCACUUGCCUCGUUCUUGCAAAUAUCCACUGCCUACUAUGAACGUACUAAGGACAUCAAGUUCUUUCAAAAGUACAACUGGAUUAAAGCUGUGAAGUCAGCUGUUGAUGCUGCUGGCGCAAUGCGGUUGGGCACUUACGCAGAGAAUGGAAAAGUCGAGAAAUCUGCCUGGACUUUCACGGGCUGGACCAACAGGUACGUCCCUCAUUUGAUGCCCAAAGAGACAGCAUCUUCUUUCCAAUUUAAAAAUCUCCAAAGAGUGUUUGGUGGGGUCAUGAGGACUGAUAAUUGCUGCUCCAUCUUUUCCUCCUCGCAAACUCUUUGACUCUUUUUUCAAGUUCACAAUAUCCCAGAAAAGUAAAUUGACUUUCCUCAGGGGCUCAGAAACACUGACCAAUGACGGUCUCGGCAAUCCUACGAAAGGCAAUGGUAUGGUUAGAACAGCUUUUAGACCGUCAGACGACGCAACCAUAUAUCAACUGCUAGUUCCAGCCAAUAUGAUGUUCGCCAAGUAUCUGGAGAAAGCUUCUUUAAUAAUGGAAGCUCUCGAAGGCGCAGAAGCGAAAAUUCAAACCAAAGCAAUGCGUAAUUUAGCUCUCGGAAUUCGAAAAGGGAUCGAUCGAGAUGCCAUUGUCCACCAUCGAGACUUUGGCGAGAUCUUUGCCUAUGAAAUUGAUGGCUAUGGAGGUGCCAAUCUCAUGGAUGAUGCUAAUGUUCCCUCCCUGCUCUCCAUGCCCCUAUUUGAUUAUGCUCAAAGCGACUUUCCACUUCCGGAACCUGCAAAGGGAGAUCCAAAGAGAGAUUAUGCGAAAAUCUACAGCAACACGAGGAAAUUUGUAACAAGUCCAAAUAAUCCGUACUGGUCUAGAGGACCAGGAUUAUCCGCUAUAGGAGGGCCACAUCUUGGUCCUGGGCGGGGGUGGCCGAUGGCGGCGAUUGUAAGAGCUAUCACGGCCUUCUCGAUGGGGUUGGACGAGAAAACGUUGAAGGUUGAGGCUAGAGAACAGUUGGCUAUGGUUUUGGAGAAUACUGCAGGAACAGGAGUUAUUCAUGAAAGUGUUAGCGCAUGGAAUGCGGCGGAAUGGACUAGAGCUUGGUUUGGAUGGGCAAAUGGUAUGUUGGGCGAAUUGAUCUUGAAAAUCGAAAAGGAGAAGGUGGAGUGGUUGGGGGAGAGUUGGCAGGACUGAGAGCUCGCUUUUGGGUAAACAAACAUGUUCUUGGAGUAGCAUACUUUUGGAGUAGCAUCCUUGUUUGGAUUUGGCGUUAGAGUACUGUAAUUGCAUCUGAAGGUGU